AUGUCUGGGUAUCGGCCAGGCCACGAUGCAAAUGCAAAUCCAUAUAUCGAGUAUGCCUCGCAAUCAGAUCAUCACCCCGAGGAGCGCGUCUUCGGGUCGCAUCCAGGAGACAUCCAGCACGGGACAAGUCAAGGCAUCACUACGCCUCAUGGGCAUUACGGCGCGCAUCAACAUCAACAGCAACCGCCUCACCCACAGCACCAAGUGUAUCCAGGACCACUUGCUCCGGAUAUGGCCCACCACCAAUCGCCUCAAUACGGUGGUGGGCAACCGCAUCUGUUGUAUGGGACACCUCGACAGAUGCAGCCAGCGACCGGAACCAAGAGACAGCGAGACGAGGAUGACUUGGAGAUGGGGUUGCCAAUUCCACCACAUAUGGGAGGUCCAGGCGAGAUGUCCAUGCCGUCACACAUGCAGCAGCCGAUGGUGGACUAUGGCUCUUCCUCUAUGCAGCCGCAGCAAACAUAUCAUAAUCAUGGCCUUCCGCCGUCUAUUCAUCCUUCCAAACGAUCCCGGAGUGAUGACCCGUCUUCAAGCAUGCUAUCACCACCAUCAGGGGGCGCACCAAGUGUUGUGGGACAUCCCGGCAUGCCCGACCCAGCUCCACGGCCUCGCGGGCCAAAACUGAAGUUCACUCCAGAAGAUGACCAGAAGCUGGUUGACCUGAAGGAGAACAAGAACUUGACCUGGAAGCAGAUUGCAGAAUUCUUCCCGGGUCGAUCUUCAGGCACAUUGCAGGUCCGCUAUUGCACGAAGUUGAAGGCAAAGACUACGCAAUGGACAGAUGAGACAAUCCAGAAACUUCGGACGGCCCUCCAUGACUAUGAGCAAGAGAAGUGGCGUAUAGUAGCACAAAAGGUGGGCACAGGUUUCACGUCAACCGCCUGCAAGGAAAAAGCUAUGGAAAUAUUAUAG